AUGCCUCCUGUAACCUAUUGGAUGCCGGAAGAACGGCGCGAUAAAUAUUGCGAGUCCAUCAUUACGGAGUGCAGAUACUUCAUUGCUGACAUGUCUGGAUCAAGCGCAGCCUCCGCCCGACCGAAUGGCAUGUUCAUCCCAUCAAUGGUCAUAUUGUUAUGCCUCUGUUGGGCAAAAAAGAAAGAAAAAAAGAAACGCCUUUUAAAUAGCGCCGAUACGCUGAACGCCAACCGUGAGAAAGACUGCAUCGCUAUCACCCACGAGAGAAAAUAUUACCGUUGUGACAACACCUGGGUUAAGCGAAGCCUGCGGGAAUCAGAAUGGCAGACUCAUGAUGGUCACACACAUGUCCCAAGACUUAACAAGGAGCGGGUGCUGAACGAAGGGGCGUGUCUGAAGUAUUUAUCGGAGAAAACCGAUAUUCCGUUGCCUAAGCUAUACGCUACUUUCGAGGAUGACGGGGUCGCCUACCUCAUCACGGAGUAUGUUAAUGGAGUCGGGAUGAAUAACCUCACCGCGGAACAGCAAAAGGUUGUCGUCCACGAGCUCGAAAAACAUUUGAAAACUCUGAAAAAAUUAACGUCGUCACAAUGGGGUGGGCCGGAGGGCUUGGUGUUACCUCCCUACCGUAUUAUGAAAAACUGCGACGGGCCAUGGUACAUGAAGCACCGAAAGGAAUCCAGCCUUGUGUUCUGCCAUAAUGAUCUGUCGGCGAACAACGUUAUUGUGGACCCCUCGAGCUUGAAAAUCAUGGCCAUUAUUGACUGGGAAUACAGCGGAUUCUUUCCACUCGAGUUUGAGAGACCAUUCUACAGACGACCUGGUCCAUCUAUUGCGCUACCAGAUGAGGUGGACGAUGUGGAAAACCUAUUGAGAAUGAUAGAUUUGGAGAAGAAAACCUAGAUAGGGCGGGUAGAUUGAUGUGGGUGAUUGGAUUGGUCGGCUCGAUUGGGCGCGCGGAUUCAUAUCCCUGGUAGCAAUAUGCCAAUUAGUAACUACGUGAAAUUGGGCAAGUUGAGUCGACAUUGACAAAGAGACCCGACUAGGUUCUGAAUUUCUUUGGUUACGUCGCACAAACGCAGCUCAACCAGCUGGCCUGCUUCUUGCAAUGCUGUGUUGA